AUUACAACAUCGGCCACCAAAAAACUCUGGGAAAAGAGUGGCGGCAGCGACGUCAAGGUGGCUUCCGGACCCACCGGACCACUAGCGCCGCUGCAGCUACACGGCAGCACCGAUCAUCAGGUGUGGCGCGAUUCAACCUGGUCUUCGCAGGGCGAUGCCAUUCUGGCCUCGAGACGGAUCUUCCCGCACGCGCCCGACACCAAUCCGACCGGUUCGACCGGAAUCCUAAGUCCCCGGGAUUCGACCGGAGGUUUGGGCGUUAAGAUGGUCGAGUACGUGCUAGGUGGAUCGCCUACCAAUAAGGAAAGUCCCCUCGCUGGACUGGAACCUCGUUUUAAGGGAUUGAAGUUUGAUGAUAAUGACAAGACAUCUGACGAUAAAGAUAAGGAAAACUCCCCGUUCGAAACGAACGGCUUGAAAAAGGAAGAAGUAAACUCGACAAACGGAGUGGUGAUCGUGAACGGAAUUGACGACGAGAAAGCGUUCAAUCGCACUCCCGGCUCCCGGCAACCAUCCCCGGCCGAAGAACAGCUGCCCCGGGCGUCCGAUUUGCUCAAUGCCCCUUCCCACCAUGGAGCGGGUGGGGGUGGCUUCCCGCAGCACCCGUCCCUGCACCAUAUGCUCGGAUCGGCGGCUGCAGCAGCAGCAGCCGCGGCCGCCGCCAGUGGCGCCAAUGACGUAUCGCAUCAGGCGGCGGCAGCGGCCGCCCUCGGAUCCUACCAUCCGCAGAUGAUCAACCAGAUGAGUCAGAUGAGCCAACUCAGUCAGAUGAAUCAGAUGAACCAGCUCAACCAGAUGCAGAGCCACGUAAUGAACGGCGUCGGAGGGAUUCCGCAGAUCACGCAGAGCCCGAUGGUUAGUCAACCUGGACAGGGUCCCAGCCAGAUAGAAUCUCCGGCUAAUUUGCUGCAGCAACAGCAUAACUUCGAUGUACAGGUGAUGGAGCGGGUUUGA